AAGAUUUGUCUGAAGAUAUUGUUAGAAAUGAUGAAGAUUCAGAGGAUACAAAUAAUAAUGACAACUUAUAUGAUAAUAGUGAUGAUUUUAAUAAUAUUGAUAAUGAUACACAGAAUUUGAGCCUUAACGAAACUGCUGAAAUUCUUAAUAUAGAAGAAGGAAAGGAUGAUUUAAAUAUGAGCACAUAG